AUGUUCACCAACCGACCCCUGCCCGAACAACCUCUGCUGCAGGUGAUGGUGAUGGUGAUAGUGGUAAAGCUCUUCUCUUUCUUACCUCCUCCUUCCCUUACCAAACAUAUUGCUGGUGCGUGUCACAUGCCAAACAAGGUCCCUUCCCUUCCCUUGCACAACCACCUUCAUCAGCGCACCAGUCCCACCCUUCUUCAUGACUUUCUCUCUCUCUCUCUCUCUCUCUCUCUCUCUCUCUCUCUCUCUCUCUCUCUCUCUCUCUCUCUCUCUCUCUCUCUCUCUCCUGCUCUCCUCGUUCCAGUCACACUUUCUGGGAGUGUGGCAGCUCAGAUGUGUUUUGCGGUGAUAUCUGCUACUCGGGGCCAUGCACUGACGGAGGUGGAGGCGAUGGCAUCGAAGCACCACGCGCACCUGGUGCGGCUGCUGGGGUACGGCGUGUGCUACGGGUCGUCCAGGCGGCGCAUGGAGCAGAUCCUGGUGUAUGAGUUCAUGGCUGGCAAGGACCUCGACCACUGGAUCGGCAAAGACGCCAACAUGCAAGCCAAGGUCGCUGAUUUCGGCCUCGUGCGGUGCGGCGAGGGUACCACGGUGAUGGCCACGCGGGUGAUGGGGUCACCGGGAUACAUGGAUCCGGCCUAUGUGAGGUCGCAGAAGGCCACUCCGGCUGUCGAUGUGUACAGUUUCGGGGUGGUGAUGCUGGCGCUGGUCACGGGGAGGAAAGCAACGGGUGGCGAGGAGGAAAAGGAGGAAGGAAAGGAGGAGGCUCCGUUCAACUUAAAGCAGUGGGUGGCAGCACGGGUGGAGCAGGGAGGCAAUGACAACACAGUGGCAACAAGAUUCGCAGAUCCCAGCUUGGACGCCCCGCCUGCCCUGCUCCUUGCCCUGGCCCACCUCGCCCUCGCCUGCACCAACAUGCGCACCGCUGCGCGCCCCUCCAUGCAGCAGGUGCUUGCAGAGUUGCAGGCUCUCAAGGACCGUUACCUGGUUACCGCUCCCAACCGGAUGGCUGUGCGGAUCGAUGAGGAUGUGGAAUUGGAAGUGGUGACUGGGGAUUUUGAAGCGGCGCUGAAACAUGCGGAGAGUGCUAGCCAAUCAGGUUCUUGUGUGUUGUCAAUACCGUAA